UCCAUGAAAUAUAGAUAAGAUUGUACUAUAUAGGUAGUUAUAUCAAAACUGGUUCAUUCUACUAUCAGUUCACCUGGUUGUUCGUAUUUAAUAAUACUGAGCAGAAAUAUGAAUCUGUUCGGCGUUCUGAUUGCAUUAUCGCUUGUUGCUGCGGCAGUAUGUCAAAGUUGUAAAGACACAAUGGAAUGUCCGCACAAAUGUCCGGAUGGAUAUCAUUCACAGUGUAUGGAUAUGACAUGUAAAUGUCCGGCACAUAAUUGUAAGGCGACAACAGAUUGUCCUCAAGGCAACGGAUCUGGAUGUCCCUCUUUUUGUACCACCAUGUGUGAUACUAACCUGUGUAUUUGUAAAUGGCCAGGCUCCCGUAACAAGCAAAUCAAACAUUAGGAUGUUUUACUGGUCUCCUAAAUUAGGAAGAAUAAAGUCAGAAAGAAAUCUUA